AUGCGAGACACACAUUGGAAUCCGCGUUUUACCCAAUUGAGCCUGGAUCUGGCUGGUCGGUUGCUGAAUGCACGGGCCUCGCGCACAAACCACACAGUGGAUCGGUGGCCUGAGGCCCAACUCGUUCUCCUCUCGCCGCCCGAUCAAAUCAGCAACACCUCCAGCACCUCUGGUAGCCACCUAGCCACUUUCCACUUGCUCAAACAUAUUCUUGCUAAUUCAAUGCCUCUUGAGACUGUCUUUCAAAACAAUCACAACAAUGAUGCUCCCAGCAGCCUGGGAAGAAGACAUGAUGUCUCGGCUUUAGUGGCCCCCAACUCCGCAUGUUCCAUUAUUUAUGAUUGGGUUUGUCGAUUUGAACAGGUACAACAGCACUUUACUACCCCACGAUCCCUGAUCUUAACGACACGAAUGACAACCCCUAAAUCGUCGAUUUCACAUCCACCACCACCACCUCAACCAUCGCCUGCAUUGCCAACUUCAACAAUGCCUAAUCCUCUCUUCAAUCCGUUGGCCCUUCAGCCACCCAAUAUAGGACUCCCACUUUUCUUGCUCACACAGUCUAAUCCCUACUUAUUUCCCUCAUCCUCUCUACCCCUUCUCACACCUCCAGCCACACCGACUCUCACUGGGAACCUGCUGACUGAUAUUCUAGCCUUGACAAGUCCUUCCACGACAGCAGCUGCAGCAGCAGCAAUGGCGGCAACGGCAGCGACAACGCAAUUGCCUGCGUUGAGGCUUCCGACGAUGCUUCCGCAGAAUAUGAUUACUUCUGUGCCAACACCCCUGCAAACGUUUCCACAGUUGAUAGGAGGAGAUAAGAAUUAUCAGCUGCAGUUAGAUGCGCAGAACUUCAACUUCUGUCACGUUCAAGUGGUGUGUUUUAAGGAUGAGGCGAAGACACGGUUCAUGUGCUCGCUAGUUAAAAAUAUGAAUUUGUAG